GGCAAAUCUACCCCCAAGGAGAUUUGCAGAGGGCAAAAGAAACCAUAGAAAGCCUCCCACAUAUGUAUCCACUGAUUAAAACAGAGUAUGUGUAUGAGGAUGAUAGUGAUGACCGUCCUCAGGUUAUCACCAAAGAAGUCCCAUUUACAGCAACUGAUUUAGCAAAGCUGAAAAAAGAUUUUGCAAGGGCUGCGAAGGAAUCGGAGACAGAGUAUGUGUGGAGAGUGUCUUUGUCAGGAGGGGAUGGAAUUUUGUUGUCAGAGAAAGAAGCAGAAGGAUAUUGGGGUCCGGGUGUGUUUCUAACUACUGGCGAUCGCCGAGCCCCAUGGUCAUUGACUCAGAGAGCUGCGUAUUGGGCCGGAGGGCUGAACCCCUUGGAGAGGGGAGAUCCCCUUGCCAUAACCGGUACGGUGGAUCAGUUAGUGGAAAGUGUGCAAAAGGCGGCAUGUCUCCAGAUGAUGUAUGAUCGGGAGCUCAAGCCCCACCAGGGCUCCCCGAUGAUGAUGCCUGUGGACCCAGAGAGGAUGACUCCUCUGAUACGGGGACUUCCCGACUCUCUGAAACCCAUUGGAAUUCAAUUGCAAGGGAGGAUUCAAAAAACCCCCGAUGGAGAAAGAUUUAUGGCCACUCUGGAGGGGAAAAUGUCCCCUGAUCAUCGGCAGUUAGGGAGAAAAGUAUGGACAUGGGGAGAGAUAGCUCAGGAAUUGAUUAAUUCUGGGAGAAAAUAUGGCCCCAUUGGGGGAUUGUCUCAAAGAACUGAAAACAGGAUCGUACAACGACUUAGUGGGCGGCAAUUACCCCCUGGAAAAGAGAGGCCCCUAACUCGACAGGGACUGUGGCAGCUAGGGCUUCAGAAAGGCAUUCCCUGGGACUUGAUGGACAGACUCCCGACCCAAAAAUUGGAGCAACUUGUGCAGAAUUGGUCAGGGCAAAGGGCCGUUUCCAAACCAACCCCUAGUGCCCCACCCUUGAUAGACCUUGAGGAGGAGCCGGCUAGGGAGAAGAAGGUGGCGGGAAACUAGACCCU